AAAUAAAACACUCGGGAUCCCUAAUUAGAAAAUGAAAAAUUAUAGUCCUUUUCAAAACAAUAAAAAUCAUGAAUACUGGACGAAAUUCAACGAAUCUUGAUGUAACACAAGUGACAUCUGACAUUUUAAGUGAAUUCCUUGAAGUAGCCUUCCAUAGUAUUCUUUACACAAGAGAACUAUACCCAGCAGGUAUCUUUGAAAGACGCAAGAAAUACAAUGUUCCGAUACAAAUGUCAACCCAUCCAGAUGUGAACCAAUACAUAAUUGCCACAAUACAGAGCCUGAAACCAUUGCUGGAUAAGCAUACAGCUGACCGAGUCUGUAUGACAAUAUUGGAUGGUAGCAGCAGACCAACAGAGAAAUUCGUCUUUGAGAUUGCCUCAGCAACAGCAUGUGAUUUUAGUGAAGACAUGUAUCUAGUGCGCUUGGAGGAUGCUCUAAGGGCUUUCCUGCUCAAAUUGAAUAUAUGUGAUGCUAUUCUUACAACCAACCCACAAGAAUGCAGUUGGUGCAUCCAGGUUCAUACAACAGAAAUUGCUUAUGCUGACAUGAAACAAACACCUAAAGCUCAAGAAUUUACAUGGGUUGAAGCAGAGAGAGAGCAAACCUACAUGGGAGAAUCAUCUAUGCUACCAUUGAAGUCUGUAGACAAUGCUGUUGUCAAGAUGCAGUUAUAUGUGGAGGAAAAUACCUCAAGAAAGAAAACUUGACACAAUUUAAAAACAAUGACCAUAUGUUUAAUAUUGAAAUCUGAUUUCAUCUUAUCUUGUUUUUUAACAUAUCUGAUGCAUAAUUGAGAGUUAAGAUAAGAGAAAUAAGAGAAACACAUGAGUGUGGAUAAAGCUUUUUUCACAUACUCUUUGAAAGGAUAACUGUAAUAUGGCUAAAUCCAAUUUUUUACUUUUAUAGGUGAGUUUAUUGUAAAUAAAACUUGAAUACAUGUAUAACAGAAUAACAUGUAAUAAUUAUUUUUGUGGGAUAAUGCAGUAAAAUAUCCUGGUUAGAAAUAGAUAUUUAUGCACACUAUCUAUAUUGCAGUAGUAUUCGGUAAAUAAUAUAUGUAUACACAUUUUCGUUAACUUUAUCUUGUGAUUUAUAGUGAGAAAAAAGCUGUAGUAGUUUUUUCCAACCUUAUAGUUGCGCAUUUGUUUUAACUGAAACAAUAAACUAACAUUAUACUAUAAUUCAA